AUGAUCACGGUGGCUGUACGUAAUAGAAGUCCACAAAUCGGGGAAACAUACCAGAAGCUCGAUUCAUCGGCGGCAGGGUUCAAGGCGAUGGUGUACGCCGUGCCCACGGACGUCUUGGCCGACAUCCUGGCGCGGCUGCCCACCAACGCCCGCCGUCGUGUCCGCCUCGUCUGCCGCCUCUGGCGCAACCUAGUCGACGAGUGGGCGCCGGUGGACAUGCGGAGGCGCGACAAGAUCCUCGUCGUGGAGAGCUGGGGCUUCAGGGAGGUUGUCCACGUCCUGUCGCCGGAGGGUAGCCGUGCGGAGCUGUGGCGCGAGCUCGACGUCGCCACGGCCUGCCUCUACCGACGCAUGAACGUGGUUGGCACCUGCAACGGCAUCGUUUGCCUCUGCGAUGACAGGGAGCCAGGCGGCGCCAUCACGCUGGUUAACCCGUCGACAGGCGAGGAGCUCUGCCUCCCGCGGUUGCCGACGACGAGCUCUUCCGUGGAGUUGCGUCUGAGCUUAGUCCGCAAAAGCUGGCACCUGCAAUACGCCUUCGCACGCCACCCGGAGACGGGGCGGUACACGGUUGUGCAUGUCCCAUGGAGCUACGAGCGGUUCUGGGAGCCCGGCAUGGUGCACGUGUUCACUCUGGGGGAGGCGUUGUGGCGGGACGUGCACGCCGGCCCCGACGCAAAGUGCAGCCCCGGCCUCUCCAGCCUCGCCAUCAUCGACGCCACGCUUUACUGGCUCACGGAGGACACCGACGGGAAAAUCAGGUCGUUCGACCUGGACCACGACCGCGUCACAUGCAUCGGGCCUCUGCCCGUCCCAGCGAAAUCGUCCUGCUGCCGCCUGGCGAAGGUGCACGGGAUGCUGGGCGUCGCGGUCGACGGUGACGGCGGCUCGACGGCGGUGUGGGUGCUGGAGAUGGACGAGAGGUGGACUCUCUGGUUCCUCAUGGAGGCGCACGGGCCGCGCCAGCUAGCGAUGCCGCACUUCGCGCAUGGCGACUGCAUCCUGACACAGGGACGCCGGAAUGAAAACUAUUAUUUGCACCGGCACAAGACGCAGACCGGCGCGGGGCAGGUCCUUCAGAUAGGGCAGAAGGACGGAGAGGAGGUGACUCGUCUCGAGCACGAUAUCUACCGAACGUUCGCCUAUGUCGAGACCAAGGAGCAGCUCAGUGUUUACAGCGCAGCUCUGGUGACCCAGCGCCGUAGAAAUCAGUGUACUAUUGUAUGA